CACGCGGACAAAGGAGGCGGCCCUCAGCCCAGCUGUUUUGAAAAAUGCUUCCUGUUUCUUUAAAGGCGCUCGCGGCUCGGGCGGCUCGGGCUGGGGAGGCGGCAGCGGCGGCGGCGGGAGCAGCCUCCUCUCCGGGCGGGCGGCGCUGAGUGAUCUUGCGAACUGGGCUUCUGUGUAAACUGAGGCUAAACAAACACAGAUGGAGCGCAGCGGGCGUUCUGCUGAAAUGCUGGCAGCGCGGCAGCGACUUCUGAUGACACUCUGAGCGCUCCUGGGGGAACGGGCAGCCUCCGAGGCUUCACGGAGCCGGAGGCACAGCUGCCCCGGGAGUAGGGGAGCGAGGGAGGGACCCGGGGAGGGAGGGUAGGAGGAGAGAGCGCGGCGACAAGGCGGCGCUGAGCGCGGCGGCCACCGGGCGCAGCCAGGCGCUCAGCGUGCAGAGCGAUCGCAGCGGGCGCGCGUCCCGGGCAGUCCCACGCCCCUGCCUGGCGCCGUCCGCGCCAUGAAGCACAUCCCGGUCCUCGAGGAUGGGCCGUGGAAGACCGUGUGCGUGAAAGAGCUAAACGGCCUCAAGAAACUCAAGCGGAAAGGCAAGGAGCCGGCGCGGCGCGCGAACGGCUAUAAAACUUUCCGAUUGGACUUGGAAGCACCCGAGCCCGGCGCCACGGCCAGCGCCACCGCCGCCACCAACGGGCUCCGGGACAGGACACAGCCGUUCCCGAUCGCGACCCCAGUGCCAGCCUCAGUGGCGCCGGCGGUUCCUCCAGGUGGAGGCACGGACACAGCCAGGGAGCUCAGGGGCAUCCGAGCGCCUGAGGUCUCAGACGCGCGCAAACGCGGUUUCUCUCUGGGCACAGUGGGACCCGGACUACCCACGCCGCCACCGGCGUCCCAGAGCUUGGCACCCGGGCGUCCCGAGGUGCAGCCCUACCGCGAGCCGGCUCUGCGUCCCCGCAUUUUGCUGUGUGCCCCUCCCGCGCGCCCCACGCCGUCUGCGCCUCCCGAACCCCCAGCGGCGCCACGAGAGUCCCCCGUGCGCCCUGCGCCCCCCACGCGCCCGGGGGAAAGUUCCUACUCGUCAAUUUCACACGUAAUUUACAAUAACCACCCGGAUUCUUCCGCGUCGCCUAGGAAACGGCCAGGCGAAGCGACCGCCGCCUCCACGGAGAUCAAAGCCCUGCAGCAGACCCGGAGGCUCCUGGCCAACGCCAGGGAGCGGACGCGGGUGCACACCAUCAGCGCAGCCUUUGAGGCGCUCAGGAAACAGGUGCCAUGCUACUCCUACGGGCAGAAGCUGUCCAAACUGGCCAUCCUGAGGAUCGCCUGCAACUACAUCCUGUCCCUGGCGCGGCUGGCUGACCUGGACUACAGCGCCGACCACAGCAACCUCAGUUUCUCCGAGUGUGUGCAGCGCUGCACCCGCACCCUGCAGGCGGAAGGCCGAGCCAAGAAGCGUAAGGAGUGACCUGCCACAGGCUACACCAUGGACACUGCUCUGGGUCUCUUCCCAGUUGGGCCUGAGGAGAAAGAAGCCGAGGCCACCAAGACAGCCAGCCUCACUCCCUGUCUUCUUCAAGAUGCUACCAGACACUCAGCGCACUUACUGCCUCUCAGGACCACCCAGGACCAGGACAGGGGCAGCCUGCCUCCCUCUCAGUCGCCUGCUGUCCUCAAGCCAUCCAGGGUUGCUUCAAAUUUUGCCUUCUGACUGGUGGGGCAGGCUAUUGCCAAAGAUUCUACAGAGAUUGUCCGAGGAAACUACGGGAUGAAACCCCAACAGCAAAGCCGCACCGCUGCUGCCCAACCGAGUCCACCUCAAGCCAAAGAUGGAUUAGCACUUCCGCCAGGAACUCACGCAAGGAGCGGACAGUUGGUGACCUUCAGAAGCACUUAACCCUCUGAGCCAGUGCUCUGUCUGCGCUGGGCCCCAAGCCGGGUGCAAGACAGGCUUUCCGGGGCCGUGACAGGCAGGCUUUGUGCCUCGGUGUGGUGGAAGGUGGGGUCUGAGAUCCCUGUCUCUUCCCAUUAACUACCCAGGCCUCUGACCCCAUGCCUGAUAUUCUCUGAGUCCUGAGGGGAAAGGGGGGAAGUGAAGAAGCAACAUUGCUCCAUUCUCCACCCGGGACAUGCCCCAAGACAACCGGUCUGAGGGUUCCCAGAGCCUGCCCCGCCAGGUGCUCACCAGUGGCCGGCACAUAAGACAGCACCUUGCUGUAGGUCAGUUGCCCUUGGGAAGGCCAGGCAAGAGGACUUGGGGAGGAAGGGACCAGGCGAAUGGGCCAGUGUGUGGGGAAGGGGGCGUGUUCAAAGCCAGUGCCUGCUCCAUGUGCUAGAGGCCAAAGCUGUUCACAUGUGUGUGUAACCAUCUGCUUCAAAUUGAAGUAAAACCUGCAGCAUAAA